GAUCAUGACCUGAGCCCAUCAAUGAUCAGACGCUCAAGCAACUGAACCACCCAGGCACCCCAGACAAAAUGGGCUCUAAGACAAAAGGUCUGGAAGCAGCUGGAAGUGACACAGACAUUCUGCUUAUGACUGGAAUUCUGGGGGAGUCCGUCACUUUUCGCCUAAAUAUCAAAGAACCAGAGCAAGUUAUCAACAUUGCCUGGAAUUCUGAAACAUCUGUUGCUUUUGUAACGCCAGGAGACCCAGGAACAGCACCCAAAGUUACUGUGACCCACCAAAAUUAUAACGACCGAAUAAACGUCUCACGUCAGAACUACAAUCUGGAGAUCAGUGAACUGAGGAUGGAAGAUUCAGGCAUCUACAAAGCUGACAUAAAUAUGAAGACCUUAGAAACGACGGUCACCACCACCAGGCGCUACAACCUUCAAGUCUAUCGUCGGCUUGGAAAGCCAAAAAUUACCCAGAGUUUAAUGACAUCUGUGAACAGCACCUGUAAUGUCACACUGACAUGCUCUGUGGAAAAGGAAGAAAAGAAUGUCACCUAUAGAUGGAGCCCCCUGGGGGAAGAGGGUAAUGUCAUCCGAAUCUUCCAGACCCCUGACAACCAGGAGCUGACGUACACAUGUACAGCCUGGAACCCUGUGAGCAACAGCUCCGACUCCGUCUCGGCCCUGCAGCUCUGUGCAGACUCUGCAGCGGGUCUCCGUUCCCGCCACACUGGGCUGCUGAGCGGGCUGGCUGUGCUCUUUCUGUUUAUUGUCAUUGUGCCUUUGGUACUUCUGUGCCUUUUGCGCAAAAGAGGACAAGGUUCCUACCUGACGACCUCCAGUAAGGACUCUGACGCUGACUCAAAGAAAACAAUAUACGCCUACAUCAUGGUUACACGAGAUGUCCCACCAGCAGAGGGCAGAAUCUAUGAUGAAAUCCCCCAGUCCAAGAUGGUGAAGACCAGCACUCAGGAUGGCAAACCUCCUGGGAUUUCAACCUAUGAAAAUGUGAUCUAGGCUUCUGGACAGCAUUCACCCUCUGGAAACCGAGCUUCCAACAUCAUCUCUUCUAGCAGAUGUCCCGGCCCCAGGCUUCCUCUGUGCAGAUCCUACCUGGAGAUAGCAAACCAUCUCACCCCAAUACAUGACUUUUUGUGACUGGAGGUGAUGACCCUUCCUAGCAACCCCAUAUGUAGAAAGGAGUGAUAUUUCGCACACCUGUAAUCCAUCUGUGGCACACCACCUGGGAUGCUAUGAUCACACUCAGUAUCUGGGAGGGACCCCAGUGUAUGGCCUCUACGGUCCACACAGCAUCUUGGGCAAAUUAGGCAAAAGCAUCCUUUUCCAGAGGCAGAUGCAGCCCCUUCCAAGCGUGUAGCUUGACAAGUAGAGUGUGGGCUGCAUUUCAGCCUCCAAUUGCCCCUUUGCCCAAGAACCUUUGUGCAGGGGACAGCUGGCUGGACCAACCCAACCAACCAAACGUGACAGUGUUGCAUGGGAAGCCAUCGGAGGUAUAGCUCUCCACUGUGCAGAUGCACCCUCCAAAUGGAGUGUUGGAAAAUGGUCUUCCUAUAGGGACGAGCUGGCUGGGGCAUAUUUCUUCAGGCUUUGCUUCAGAAGCCUCUUAAGCUUUUCUUUCUAGCCAAGUUUUCCACUUGACUGGGCUCUGCAGUGCCCAGAAAUUUAGUUAAACAUUAUUCUAGGGGUGUCUAUGAGUGUGUUUCUGGAUGAGAUUAACAUUUGGAUUGGUAGGUUAAUCCCCACACCAGUAUGGGUGCCCAUCACCAAAUGCAUCAAGAGCCUGGGUAGAAGAAGAAGGCAGAGUAAAAGAGAUUUCAUUCUCUCUGACCAUCUUAGAGCUGGGACCUCAGUUCUCCUGCCUUAGGAUUUGGACUUGGACUUGGACUUGGACUUGUACCAUCACCUCUCCGGCUUGCUGCUGCAGACCUUGGGAUUUCUCAAUCUUCAUAACCACACAAGCCAGCUCCUUGUUGUAUAUAUCUCUUUCCUGCUGGUUCCAUUUCUCUGCAGAGCCAGACUAAUACCUAUUCCAAGCAGCCUCAGCAAGAAGAAGAGACCAUACCCAGUAUCCUAUUGGCAAAAAGGAAUUGAUGGGCUAUAUUACUGGCACUUUAGGAGAACUGAGUACAACCCAACCAUCUCUGGUCAAAACAAUGUCCGGUCAAAUUAAUUAUGGCUUUUGCAAACUCUUUCCCCACUCCUUGGUCCUUAUAUCACUGCAACUCAUUUCUUUCUGCUUCACAGCAUACAUCAUUAUUUGUUUCCCUCCACACUGUAUAUACUUAAGGGCAGGAUGCAUGACCAUAAAGAGUGAUCAUGAGAGAUGAGAGUUUCAGUCACCUGUGCAUCCACCACCAGCCAAACACCAUGCCUUGUACCCUGAGGUGAGCAAUAAAUGCUGCUGAAUA